AUGUCAUCUCAAAACAGAAAAUGCGUUUUUAUUAAUUCGAACAACCCUUCAAAGUAUCAAGUCAACAUAAACUCUCGACCAAUCAUCAAAAUCCCAUUUCCACCCGUCAUCGAUCCACGUGAUCUCGUGGUAAAAACCAAAGAUGGGAGGGUCCCAUCUCGUGUUCCGAACGCCUUUAUUAUUUACCGAAAGGCAUUCAUUGUGGCUGCUAAGAAUGAAGGGUACAAUCUUCCAAUGACGGUGAUUUCUCCAAUGGCUUCCCAAUCAUGGGAACAAGAAAGUGAGAUUGUAAAAACUGAAUAUAAACGACUCGCUAAGGAAGCCUAUGAGGUUCGCAAUGAAAUGUUGCCUAAAUAUCAACGUAAGAAAAAGAGGGAGAAAUGGAAUAUCAUUUCUUUUAAAGAACAAAGUCGAAAGAGACCCUCACCUUUAACUCAAAAACCCACCAAAGAAAUUAAUGAAGUAGACCUAGAAGUGAAUCAGCCUCCAUUGCUCAUCUCAUCACCCGAAUCUCAAUCCACUGGCUUCAAUCCAGUUCUCUCACAAUUUAAUUUUGAUUAUACUCAAUACAUGACGCCCGACAUCCCUUCUCCCGAAAAUUCUAUCGAUUUUCCAUAUGAAACCGACAUUGAAUCGCCUCCAGAAUCACUUGAAAAUACCGUUGUAUUACCACCCAUCUUUAGCCAAGAGGAAUUCACUGACUUUUACGGUGAAAAUUAUUAUCAAAUGAAUUAUCAAUCAUAUUCCGAUUCGGUCCCGUCAGUUAUUGAUUCUGAAAAGGUUACAUGUUCGCCUGAUGUGUUAGAAAUGUAUGCAUACAAUGCUGCAAAUACAAUGGCUGUUGAAUCUGGUCGUGUGAUGGAUUUUGAUUAUUCGUAUUAUUUGUGA